AAACGAGGCUACAUGGUCGGUCAGUUGUUUCCAGAUUCCAUCCCUCACACCGUCGUCAGCAUCAUCGUAGGUUUUGCUUAGCCGAAGGCAACCGCAACAGCAGCAAAGCGAGCGAGAGAACGAAACAAGCGAAAAAAAGCGUGUGAGCAAGUGGGCCAAACCGUCGCAGAAUAGAGAGAGAGAGAGAGAGAGAGAGAGAGAGAGAGAGCAGUUGUCCCUUCUUCCAUCCCUUCCUCUCCUCAGCCUUCCAUCCUAUUCCGCCUCCUCUUCCUCCUUCCUAAAUCACGAAGAUCUCCCUCCUUGCCGCCAUCGCCUGUGCCGACGAACCCAUCGAGUUGACCUUAAUGAUCAUAUAAAUUCUUCCUCUGCCGUAAGAAUUCUUUGUGCUCGGUACUUGUCCUCUUCAUUUUUUGAUCGGGUUACUGAUAUCAAUUCGGAGUCUCUUAGGGUUCGAACUCAUCGCAGUUUUCCCCUAAUCUUGGAUUGUAGGGCUUUCUUGCCCUCAUCCUCCUUUUUUUUUCCCUUUGACCCCUUCUUCGGGAGCCUAGGGUUUGCCGUUCCUGAUUGGGAGCGCUCGUCGUUUCUGGGUUUUUGACCCUCUCUUGGAUGAUUUCUCCUUUUUGAUUGCUGGGUACUUCUUUUCUUCUGCUCUUUGAGUCGGUGCGGAGUUGGUGGUUUGCUGGGGGCCUUUUUUGCCUGGUAUCCAGUCGUAGUGCCAUCUCAUGGAUGUUGAAACGUUGAAAUCUUGGCCCUCUUCUAGAGAGAAUCGCGUUGAAGUUUAAGCAGAUUCCACGUUUUCACUAGAGGUAGCUCUGCACAGUAGACGUUUUGGCAGAAUAAAGCUUGCUCUUAUAUGAUGCUAAUUUAGAUUCCACGGCAGUGGUAUAACAACAAGCUUCACCUUUCUUUCGGGCGAAGUUGUGCGAUAGGCUUCUUCCAAGGACAUAUUUUGUACAUGAAAUAACACUCGUUGUAUGCAUAGGUUAUAGAUCAUAUUCACAAGUAGAGGGUUUUUACUGUAUAUAGAUAAUGGUCGGUGCCAGAGAUGGAGCAAGGUGAGCCAGCAUUGGUUCCACAGUGGUAUAAAUUAGCAAACGGGAACACAUCCAACACUGCCCUGCGAACCAGCUCUUCCAUACGAUUUGAUGAAAACGGUGUAGGACUUGGCUCGAGAAAUAGAUUACUCAGAGACCAAGAUAGGAACUUGCGGAGGAGUUUGAGCUCUAAUGGUUCUGUGAUUCAUGAUAAAGGUAGCUCUGGUAAAUCCCAGGCUUACAGUAGUUUUCGAAGAUCUCGUGAUAGAAACCUGGAGAAGGAUUUUGAUUUAUUUGAUAGGGAAAACAGGUCAGUUUUGGUUGACAAUGAAUUUGACCAUCUUGAUUCACUUAUUGGAGUUAGGGGUGAAAAGGAUGCCUUAAGACGCUUGCAGUCCAUGGUAGCAGGAAGGCAAGUUGACUCGCGGUCUAAAAGACUUGGAAGUAAUGCAAAUGGCAAUGCUCCGUUUGGGGGAAGUGUAAUAGGAAGUUUUAGCAAAACCUGCUUCGAGAAAGACUUUCCAUCCCUUCAAGCUGAGGGAAGGCAGGGCCUUUCAGAUGCAAGUGGUGUAUCAACCCCUGGUCUUAGAACUGCUGUUCAGAGUCUGCCCUUUAGUUCUCCUUUUAUAAUUGGAACAUCUGCUCUGGCAGAAGUACCAGUAAAAGUUGAAACUAAUGGUAAUGUACUCUCUCCCGUUGCACAAGUUGCUCCCAUUAGUCAGGCAUCUGCAACAGGAAGCACUAUGACCGGAUUAAACAUGGCAGAGGCACUCGCUCAGUUAUCUGUUGACACUCAGAGGAUCGAGGAGCUUACGUUAAAGAAGUGCAAGCAGCUAAUACCCAUGACACCUUUGAUGCCUAAGGCCUUGAGUUGCAACUCAUCAGAAAAGACAAAGUCAAAACUUGCAAUUGGUGGAGAUUAUAGUUCUCCCACUAAGGUUGGCCAGCGGUUGCAUGUGAACCUUACUGUUGGCACAAUGGCUAGAUCUGACAUUGCAAAGACAUCUCAAACAGGAAAUUUUCAAGUUCUUAACCGAGAGAAGAAAAAUGUCUCCCCUGCUGCUAAAGAUAGCUCAAAUGUUGGCAAACCUAUGAACCCCAUUGGCGUUGCUCCAUCUGCCGUGGUCCUUCCUUUGAAGAGUCCAACUGACCAGAAUCUUAAAGUUGAUAACAAUGGUGCCUUAUCUCAUACCUCCUUUGGGGAAAGAAAACUCCUUACCCAUGCUCAGAAUAGGAAUGAUUUCUUCAAUUUACUAAGGAAAAAAUCAUCUAGUAGUUCAAGGGCUAUUCUAGAGCCAACCUCUGUUGACCUGACAUCAAAAUUGGAUAAGUCGGAAGAAGACAACCUGCAAAUCACUUCCCCCACCACCAUGGAAAAUAACAACCUCUCAAUGGUAUCUGACUUGGAUUGCUCGACGGAGAUCAGAAAUUGUACGAAUGGAGAUUUUUGUGCCUCUGAUGAGUCCAAGAGAUUUUCGACUAACAAUGGAGAAACUAAUGGUUGUGCGGACAUUGUUGUCGAUCCAGAAGAAGAAGCCUUCUUACAGUCGCUUGGAUGGGAUAAAAAUGCAUGGGAGGAAGCUCUGACCAAGGAGGAGAUUGAAGCCUUCCUUAAGAAGCAUCCUAUUCUCGGUACGAGAAACAGAGACCAUUGAAGCUCGUGCCUAGUGAUAUGCACGGGGGCAACUUGCCUGGUGUAGACGCAUGAAGAAAUGCUGGUAGUCAGCUGGCUUUCUGAAAGUGAUUUCUAAUUGCUUGCUGUUUAGAGGGUUGAAAUAUGAGUUGGAAAUAUAGGUUGAUGAAAAAGAAGAGUGGACUUUUAUCCUUCAGCUGCCAAAAUGAAUUCUAAAAUGCAGAAUAAGAUUUAUAUAAUCACUUUGGUUUAUGGGGCUAUGGCAUUUUGUAGAGGUUUCUCUUUUGGCGUGAUGAAAUCACUGGGCAUCUGAAAAAAAGGUAAAUUUGGAAAAAUGAUCUUUGUAAUUAAUUAAUUGAGAUGUCCUUUCACCAUUUAUAUGUUCUAAUGGUCUCUGGCAUUUGUUUCUUCUGACUUUUAUCAAUCUUCUGAAUAGAAAAUGCCUAUAAGAAAUUCUGUUUA